AAUUCUAAACAAGGAAAUCUGAAAAAAUAAUAACACAGCGUCACUUAAAUACCACUCACUUGAUGAAGCUUGUCCCAGUUGCAUCUCGGAAAUCAAAAUGACCAAGUACAUUGGCAUGGCGGGAGCCUUUUUACAGCUUACAUCAAUUGCAUUAAUUUUCAUUGGGGUUCAAAGCCAGUGCAAUGAAACAUGCGUACCACUAGGAAAAUGUUCAACUACCUUUGUAGGACCAGGUUUAUUUGAGCUACGAAUUGAAAAAUCGGAGCACCUUUGCAGUCACCACCUUGAAGUUUGCUGCAGCGAAAAGGAUAUCAUCGACGAGAGACCCAAUGAAGCGCAGAAGAGGACGUUUCAGGACUGUGGCAGGAGAAACGUCAAUGGGGUGGGAUUUCGAGUGGUUGACGCAGUGCCGUGGGGUACCCAGUUUGGGGAAUUCCCGUGGAUCGUUGGGCUGCUAGAGGUUAAAGGUCAGCAGCACGGGAAGCUUGAUAAGUGGUACUUUUGCGGAGGAUCGCUGAUCGAACCCAAUGUUGUGGUUACGGCGGCGCAUUGCGUGAACAAGAAACAGAUUGCUGAUUUGAUAGUGCGAGCUGGUGAAUGGGAUGCUAACACUGUCAAAGAAAUGUUGCCUUAUCAGGAACGUCGUAUAGACAAAAUCUGGAUCCACGAAAAUUUCAACCAAUCUUUCUUAUACAACGACAUCGCCCUCCUAUUUCUGGACGAACCGUUCCAACCCGACGAGCACAUCCAGCUAAUCUGCCUACCUCCGCAAGAAAAGUCCUUCGAAAAUGAAAAGAACUGCAUCGCAACCGGUUGGGGACAAACCAGCUUCGACACGCCAGGCUAUAGCAAAAUUUUGAAGAAGGUCCAGCUGCCAAUAGUAACCCACUCGGGGUGUGAAACCGCAUUGAGAUCAACUCGGUUAGGAAGCACUUUCAACCUGCACGAAUCGUUCCUGUGUGCCGGCGGAGAGACGGAAGUCGAUACCUGCACCGGUGACGGAGGAUCUCCGCUGGUGUGUCCCAGUGGCGACGAAGACGGUCGCUAUCAGCUGGCUGGAAUCGUUGCUUGGGGUAUCGGCUGUGGCCAGACAGGGAUUGCGGGAGUGUACGUCAACAGUAGCAUGUACUACGAUUGGAUCUUUAGAACGACGGAAUUGUACGGUUUGGAGAAGGAGGAGGCUGAAAUGUAAAAGUGGGCAUCUUUUUGGAGACUUUUUCGGUGGAUGUAACAAACAAAUUUUACCUAAUGUCAACUAAUUGAAGAGUUUUUUUUUUAUAAUUUUUUUUUAUUUAAUUUUUUAAAUUAUUUUUUCAUUUAUUUUUUUUUUUAAUAAUUAUUGUUUUUACCAGAACAGAAAUUUUCAAUUCUUGUUUAACCAACUCUCCAAAAUAAAAGUACUGAUAUGCACAAUAGGUGCACGAUGGAAUUGCAUGCUGUCCCCUAGUCUUAGUAAACAAUGUCUUAUGAGUUGUAUAUUUCAGUAAAAAGUUUUCGUAAAUCUUUGUCGAGAUAAAAUGAUGUAUUCAGCAACAUAAUUAAUACAGACUUUUUUCCAGAAGAGGCGCAGACACUGCUCAAGCAAUGUGCCAACCGGGCGAUUUGCAUGCUGCGCGACUCUCGCGCGUAAGCAAAAAGACCCGGCCUUUGAGGUUAUGCAAAAAUCACUCUUUUUUGUAGCUACAAAGAACUUUUUCAUGGCAUAACUUUAAAAGUACUUCACUAAACAGAAUAAAAUUUAAUAGGGUCUUAGGGGAACCCAAAACGGACAGAAUACGGUGGAUCCGGCCAAAAUCGGUUCAGCCAGUUCUGAGAUAAUCGUGUGGAAAAAAUCAUGUCUACACAUAUCACCCACUGAGGUGAGGAAGUCAAAACGGUGCACGAUACCGAAAUUAAUGUAGUACUUUUCGACUGCAUUCUACAUUUUAAAGUAAAGUCAACACAUUUUUUUCAUUUUUUCCGUUUUUGUUUUCAAAUAUUAAAGAUGCCAUUCUUCGUCACAACACAUAUCCAAUAUUAAAAUUGGGUGACAAAAAAAUAAGAAUUUUGGAUAAUCGUAAGAGAUACCUCCUGGCUCGAUUCUUUAGGCUCAUAUUCCGGGAGUGUCCAAUCUGAAAACCCAGGGGCCAUCGGUAACCGGUUCCAGAUUGGUCAGAAUGGGUCAGCAAACAACUGCAUGACCGUAGAUUGACAUAUCUUUCAA